AUGGCCGUGGAACAAUACUCACUGCCUGGACUUAGGUACUCCCUAGAUGCUCUGGAACCUUCGAUCUCUGGCCAGAUUAUGGACCUACAUUACAAUAAGCAUCACCAGACCUACAUCACCAAUCUCAACAAGGCCCCGAAAGAGACUGCCGAAGCCCUUUCCAAUGGCAACCUUGUCAAGCAACUCGAGUUGCAGUCAGCCAUCAAGUUCAACGCUGGAGGCCACGUCAACCACACCCUCUUCUGGGAGAACCUUUCACCUAGCUUCGAAAACUUCCAAACAACCCUCGAGACCACCGCGCUCGCCAUCCAGGGAUCCGGAUGGGUUUGGCUGGUCAAAAAUGAGCUUGGUGGCCGACUCGAGAUCACCACGUCCAAGGAUCAAGAUCUGCCCGUACCUGGAAAUCUGGCCGUCCUUGGCAUCGACAUGUGGGAGCAUGCAUACUACUUGCAAUACUGGAAUAACAAGAAAGAAUGCUUGAACAACAUUUGGGCUGUGCUGAAUUGGAACGCUGCUGGAAAGAGAUACCUUGGCGACAGGAGGGCUAUCUAUGGUGACUUGGCAGGACUUGCCAGCCGACUGUGA